UGUUGUCCAAAGAGAAAGCGUUCGAACAACUCAACAUGAAGUUCACAUUAUUCGCCCUGUUUGCAGCAGUCUGCGUGCUUGGUGCCAAUGCCGCCAUCUGGCAGCCGACGUUGAUGGACCAGGAGACGGGCCUGGUAUACGAGGCCAGUGAUUUCGCUAGUGUCGAUGGUGAGGUCUUCGAACCAGAAAUGUUCAGCAUAUUUUCGAGCACGUGGUGGGCCAUCAAGGGUGCUCUGCGCACCGUGAAGGGCUUCAACUGCAUUAUUAAAUGGGUUCUGGGCAUCAAGGCUAGUGCCCUGCAAUACAAUGCCGAUGUCGUGGGCUGUGGCGUUGCCGCUGCCCAGGAUGUUACCAAUCUGAUCAAUGCCAAUGUGAAAAUCAUUACCAGCGUCAACAAUAUCAUCAAUCUCAAGACCAACAUUUGCGCCAGCACCGAUGACUCCACGAAUCCGAGCAUAAGCAGCAGCUGCGCUGUCAAGACACUAAGCCAGGUCUUCAACCUCUAUAUACAGGUGAAGAAAGCCAUAUCGCUGGCCAAGAAGAUACCCCAAACUGGUCCCAAUGCUGUCACCUGUGUUACCAACGCCACAAACACUCUCACCAACUACUACACACAGUUCCCCGCCAACAUGAAGUCUUGCUCUAAGCUUACCAGCAACUAACUGCUACUCUCUUUAAUUACUUUUUCUUUCUUUUUUUUUCAAUACAUAUUAAAUGAGCA